GCGGUUUACUACACGAACUCAGCAACGACGGAGCGCGUCACCAGUUCGAGGAGUUCCUGGAGAGCCUGCUGCUGCCGCUGAUGGUGCGCGCGGCCACCUCUGGAGACCGAGAGUGUCAUCUGGUGGUGCUGCUGGAUGACGAUGUCGUCGACUGGGACGAGGACUACCCGCCGCAGAUGGGAGAGGAGGCUAGUCAGACGCUCAAGUCGACUGCUCUGUAUCGGUUCUUCAAGUACAUUGAGAACAGAGACGUCGUUAAACAGGUACUGAAAGAGCGAGGGCUCAAGAAGAUCCGUCUGGGUAUCGAGGGCUACCCGACCCACAAGGAGAAGGUACGCACGCGACCGGGCGGCCGCGCAGAAGUCAUCUACAACUACGUACAGAGGCCGUUCAUCCACAUGUCCUGGGAGAAGGAGGAGGCCAAGAGCAGACACGUCGACUUUCAGUGUUUCAAGUCCAAAUCGGUGACGGACCUGGCAGAGGCGACGGCUGACCCUCCGAUCGACCGGCCGGCAGAGGUCAUUGACGGGCCACCGCGCGUCGAGCCGCCGCCGCCGCCUGCUCACGAGCCGCCCGGCGGGGAGGAGCUGGAGGGAGCAGUGGGCGGCGUGGACCCGGCGGCCGGUCUGGACGCUCUUUGACGCCACUGCUUCUGGUGGACCGAGCGGCGCAGCUCCCUGUGACGUACCCGCUCUCCCCGCUCAUUGCCACCGCUCUCCCCGUCGCCUGCUGCCCCUCUCUCUCCGCCAGCUGUCCUCUGACGGCGUCUCAGAGCCUCUGUCUCACUCACACGGCCGCUGUCCAUUCCGGCCAAGUCCUGUUCGGUUCGACGGGUUCGACGAGGUCGACUGUGUGUUUUAAAACACCAACGAACGAUGAAGAAAUAACAGCAGAGUGGGCUCGGAUAACGACGGCGGCGGUGGAGCCUGGCCGAUUCUCUAAAAUUGACAGCGUGCGAUUUACUACACCACCCCAGCCGAGCACGAUUCUUCGGGCUGGUGCAUGCUCGACCGUCGGCCAGUUCCCGGCGCGUGCUUUGCCUGCGGUUUGCAGCGGAGCGUCUAUCUCGGCUCGCCGCCGCCACCGCCGCCGCCGUCUACCCUCAGAAAGUCGCUUACGAAUGCAGCGCAGUUCGGUUGCCGCUAUGCACGUAUACUCAUAAUUGCCAGUUUCGGGACGGGAAGGGCGUGGGGAUGGCUGGGAGCGAGCGAGGUCCAUUUAAUCAAACCACAGCCGAGCUGGGCUGGGCAGGACGGGUCUGAUUGGCUGCCUAAAAGAAUCUCGAUCUAAGAUUGCUCCAUGCGCUGGAUGGCGGAGUGCUGUGGGUCUUGCGCUCGGUGGUUUGAAGUUGUGCCUCCCCUACGUCUGAUAUCGCGUUCUUAGUCUGGCGACUGGUGGGGCGAAAUUUUGAGUGGGUCUCCGCGAGCGGUCGGCGGCUAUGAGCGUUCAGAGUGACGACAAGGUUGAGCAUCAUGUUGGUUCAGCGAACUGCCGGUCAAGCGGGGUACUGGUAGGGAAAGUCUGCUGAAGGAUGGGGCAAACGUCUAGUGUGGUUGGUGACCAAAUACGGGUGUGAAAAGGUAGAGCUAGCCCGUUAGAAGACCUUAGAAGCUGGCUGCGUGUGGGGUGAAAGAGCGCGAGUCUUUAGUGACCAAGAAAUCACGUUUGCCUCUCGUCUUGGCAUGUGCGUCGCACGCCGAAUUAACGUUACAUCCACGCACGGAGCGCGGGUAAGCGGUGAUCCGACCUGCCGUUAUCCUGUAAUCCAGACGACUAUUACAUCGUUUGACUGGAAGAUCGUUUAGCGGGGAGCGAGUGACGAGCUGCGUUGACGGCCUUUCCGACGCCGUCAUCUCUUAGUCCUGACCUGACGGCUGUCUCACGGCGCUGGGGUUGUCUCACGGCUCUGCCUCGGGCGUUGUCUCACCGGCUGCCUCGCGGGCGCCGGCUGCCUGUCCUGCCUUGCGGCACACUGUGGUGCCCGUUGCGCGGCGGUCCUCUGUCCUGGCCCUGUGGUGCGGUCUGGGGCGUGGCGGCCGGCUCGGCGCGGUCCUCCCAGGGGUGCGGGGCGCGCCGGGGGCCCGGCCGCAGUUUUUUACUUAUCUCACGGGGCGGCGCCAGUGUCGUCGGCCGGUUUUAUACGGAGGGCGGUCGCUGUGGGGUGAGGUCGGUGCCCGAGUGUGGUCGGGUGUUCUAACGCACUAACUGCUGUGCAUCUAUCGCGAGUGGCGGCCUGUGAGCCGACACGGCCCGGGGGCAGCCGCGGCCGGCUGUCGGCCGACGCCGCGCGGUCUCUGCCAAUCCAGCUGCCUAAACACACCCUGUUCUAUGCGGUGGCCUCGAUACAUGAUAUAUUAUGUGGUAUUAUUUGUAAUAAACUCGAUACGCUUCUG